AGCAUUUCCGACAAUGUUCGCAUUGACUGCUCAUUUGCUCGUUUCAGACGUUAGUUAACUAAUGGGAAAUAGUUACAGUAUGUAUAAAAUGUGUAGUGCUCAAUAAAUUAUUAUAGAAUUUUGUGAUUUUUAAAAUAUUAACUACAUAUUUCCAAAGCAAGUCUUUUUAAUUAGUAUGUGGAAUUGUCAGUGGCUUGCUCUAGCAGAAUUGUACUUGCUGAACCUUACAAACAACGUGAAUGUACACUGUUUAUGUAGCAGGGUUUUUAUAUGUUCAUUGCAAGAAUCUACCAACAUGUCUGGAAUUGCUCCAUUUCAUUCUGCAGAAGAUAUUAAUUUAACUGAAGUGAGUUCUUAUCAUACUUGUUCACAUUGUGGAAGUUCUCAAGUGAAUGCAUCUCGUGAUUGUGACUCCAAUUGUGCUAUUUCACCUGUUAGUAGUUAUACUUUUAAUAGAUGUAUAUCAAAAAGGAAACGUAAAAGAAUAAAUAGAUCACCUUCUCCUGUAUCACAUAAAACUUAUUUACGUACUGGUCUUACAGGUGAAAUUGAAGUACUUAAAAUAGAUUCAGCAAGUCCUUUGAAAGGGGGCGUUACUUUCAGUACACCAGUAUCAGCUCAAAAGCCAACUAAAGUUAAAACUACUCGUUUUGAAUUGCCAAAUGAACAAUAUGCACAAAAUAAGUGUUGUCCUUCAAAUAAUAUAAACUAUAAUAGUCCUGAUAUUGAUCUUAAGACACCAAGAACUCCAUUCAGGACCCCGAAAUCAGUACGCAGGGGAAACUGGAGCUCCGACCAAAGAAUUUUAGGUACCCCUGAUUAUUUAGCGCCGGAGUUGUUAUUAAAAAGAGGUCAUGAUUGUGCAGUGGAUUGGUGGGCUUUAGGUGUUUGUUUUUAUGAAUUUGUUACUGGUAUUCCUCCAUUUAAUGACGAAACACCACAAAAAGUAUUUAGUAAUAUACUUAAUAGAAAUAUAGAAUGGCCAACAGGAGAUGAAGCCCUUUCUCAAAAUGUCGUAUUAGCAAUUGAGCAGUUGUUGACUUCUGAUCCUAAAAAACGACCAACAGCUCAAGAAGUUAUGAAAAUGUCCAUUUUUAAUAAUGUGGAUUGGAGUAAUUUACUUUCAAUUAAGCCACCUUUUAUACCUGAUCCAUAUGAUAUUACAGAUACUGGUUACUUUCAAGCAAGAAAUGAAUUAUUAAAUUUUGAUAUUUCUAAUUUUGACUUGUAAUUGUAAAAAAGUUAUCAUAAUACUGAGAAUGAUAUGCAUUGUAAUAUUCCACUUUUUAGAGAAAAACAGGUAUAAUGUACAAUAAGACAAUAAAGUACCUACUUUCUUUUAUCAAAAACCACUAAUACAUUUGUCAAUUUAAAUUGUAAAUUCUACUUUCUUGAAAUAUAAUUUAUAAAAUACGUGGCAUUAUUCGUUUUUCUUUGUGUUCAUAAGAAACAUACAAUUUCAACAAGUUGUACGCAAAAAUGGGAUCAUAUUAUUAGUAAAAACUUUGUUAAAAUGUCUCGAUUAGUGAUUUCGUUUGUUAUGCUGAAAAAGAAUACAUGUUGGGCGUGGAAACCAUUUCUUCACAUAAUUUUCAAGCUUCCGAAAAUUAAAAUCAGUACGUUACUCAAUUGCAACCUAAUCUUAAUUUUG